AUGGCCAGACCAUCCGCCGCGAAACCGUCGCCAGUGGCGCGUGCCAUCACGUCAGUCAAGAUCCCCGAAGCCGAAGAUAUGAGCACACAACUCGAGCGCAUCGCAUCCUCCAACCGCACCCAGUUCGAGAAGCGAGUUUGGACUGCCCUCUGCCAAGUACCCAAAGGUCACGUCACCACAUACGCCAUUCUUGCAGCCCAUCUCAAGUCAUCACCAAGAGCCGUCGGCAACGCCUUGCGUCGUAACCCAUUCGCACCGCAAGUUCCGUGUCACAGGGUUGUCGCCACAGGGGGGGCUCUUGGUGGCUUCAAGGGCAAGUGGCCGAGGAACGGAGAGGGUAUUACUCUGGACGAGAAGAGGUUGCUUCUGAGGAAAGAAGGGAUCAAGAUCGACUCGGGCGGUAGAGUCUUGGGUUCACCCCGUGACGUGGCUUCUGGCCCCUUCAAGCGCACACCCGUAACGGAGGAAGUCACUCUCCCAGAUGGGCGCACCCAGAAUAUCACCUUUUAUGCCGACUUCACGACGUCCCAUAAUACCGUCUCCCCGGCGUUGGUGAAGCGCGGUUGGGUGUCCGACACCAAAGAUUGGGACGCUUGCGGCGGCAGCACCUUCACAAGCGCAUGGUCUUCCAGCGCCCCUCUCGUCGAAGACUGCAACUUUCUGCAGACAUACUUUCAGAACACCAAGGGCUACUUCAGAGUUGCAACUUCCGACCUCGAUGCCAAUGGUGUCUCGUGGUCGCGAUUGGUGAGCGUCAACACUUGUGGGCUCUCCGUUCGCGCGACGCCUCGUCCUGCAACCGCAGGUUACAUCGGCAAUACAGACUUCAGAGACCUGAUCCGAGACUCGAUCUCGAAAUUCAGCCAGGAUGGUAGAGUCUCCGUGGGUGGGAACACGGUGUGUCUGGAUGCCGAUGGCGUUCAUCUAACCUUCACCGCUCUCGCCGCAUCGCUUGCUGCGGCAGCACCGACGCCCCAGGAGGACCCCGCUGCUGUGUUCGGCAUAUCGUUCACCUAUGAGAAUGGCACUUUUACCGAUGUCUUCGACGUACCUGAGACGCUUUCAGGGUAUGCCAUCGCUAGCAACGGCAUCGUGACCAACGUCUUCAUAUAUCCUCCCGGAAACAAGCCAGUGCGCUGCGCAUUUCUCGAGCCUGAGCCCAGCAGAAAGGGUCUCGGAGCGGUAUCGAUCGUUCAUGCGACGACCAUCGAGCUCAGUCCGGCAGGAGAAGUGGGCUUCGUUCAAUGCAAUAGAACCUGA